CUGGGAACCCCUCCUCUUCUCCCUCUUGGGUCUCCUCCCAGCUCGGCUCCAGGCUUUCGGCUGCUGCUCGGAGGCGCCUUGGUGCUCCGCAGAGAGGCCCCUGGCUCGCCCGCCUGCGCGGCCCUCCCAGCGCCAAGAGUGCUGCCUUGGUGGAAUCGCACGAAACCAACAGAGCCAUGGCGACUCCCUCUGCUGCCUUUGAGGCCCUUAUGACCGGAGUGACGAGUUGGGACCUCCCUGAGGAUGCUAUCCCGUGUGAACUGCUUCUUAUUGGGGAGGCUUCCUUUCCUGUGAUGGUGAAUGACAUGGGUCAGGUCAUCAUUGCUGCCUCCUCCUACGGCAGAGGCCGCAUGGUGGUAGUAUCUCAUGAGGACUACUUGGUGGAAAGCCAGCUCUUUGUCUUUCUUGUUAAUGCUGUGGGGUGGCUGCGCUCCUCCUCGGAGUCUGCCAUAGGUGUGCACUCGUCUUUGGCACCCCUGGUGAAAAUCCUCGAGAGCUGUGGAAUAGAGUCAAAGAUUGAGCCAGAAGUCAAUGACUCCCUGGGGGUUUAUUGCAUUGAUGCCUACAAUGAGACCAUGACAGAGAAGCUAGUCCAGUUUGUGAAACGUGGAGGAGGCUUGCUCAUAGGAGGCCAAGCCUGGGAUUGGGCUAACCAGGGUGAAGAUGAAAGAGUUCUGUUCACAUUUCCUGGGAAUCUGGUGACCAGUGUGGCUGGCGUGUACUUCACGGAAAACAAAGCGGAUUCAAAUUUCUAUAAAGUCUCUAAGAAGAUGCCUAAGAUCCCCGUCUUAGUUAGUUGUGAAGAUGACCUCUCAGAAGACAGAGAUGAGCUUCUGCAUGGCAUCUCAGACCUGGACAUCACCAACUCAGACUGUUUCCCAUCCCAGCUACUAGUGCACGGGGCUUUGGCUUUUCCUUUAGGGCUAGAUACCUACCAUGGCUGUGUGAUAGCGGCUGCCCGCUACGGCCGUGGUCGGGUGGUUGUAACUGGUCAUAAGGUAUUAUUCACUGUGGGUAAACUUGGCCCGUUCCUACUCAAUGCUGUCCGCUGGCUGGAUGGGGGCCGCAAAGGCAAGAUUGUCGUGCAGACAGAGCUAAGAACACUAAGUGGUCUGCUUGCAGUAGGGGGUAUAGACACUAGCAUUGAGCCCCAACUUACCAGUGAUGCAAGUGUUUAUUGCUUCGAACCCACGAGUGACGUGGGGGUUAAGGAACUGCAGGAGUUUGUCGCAGAGGGUGGUGGGCUGUUUGUUGGAGCCCAAGCCUGGUGGUGGGCCUUUAAGAACCCAGGAGUGUCCCCUCUCGCUCGCUUCCCAGGAAACUUGCUCCUCAACCCCUUUGGCAUCAGCAUCACAAGCCAAAGCCUCAACCCAGGGCCGUUCCGUACCCCUAAAUCAGGAAUAAGGACCUAUCACUUCCGCUCCACCCUGGCCGAGUUCCAGGUGAUAAUGGGCAGGAAGAGAGGGAAUGUGGAGAAGGGCUGGCUAGCCAAGCUGGGACCAGAUGGGGCAGCUUUUCUGCAAAUCCCUGCUGAAGAGAUCCCUGCUUACAUGUCCGUGCACCGUCUCCUGCGGAAGCUGCUGAGCCGCUAUCGGCUCCCGGUGGCAACCAGAGAGAGCCCUGUCAUCAAUGACUGCUGUAGAGGGGCCAUGCUUUCCCUGGCUACAGGUCUGGCUCACUCUGGAAGUGACCUUUCACUAUUAGUCCCAGAGAUUGAAGAUAUGUACAGCAGCCUCUACCUGCGCCCCUCAGAGUGUCCCAUCACUGUGGAUGUCAACUGCACUAAUCCAGGCACACGAUACUGCUGGAUGAGCACUGGUCUCUACAUCCCUGGACGGCAAAUCAUAGAAGUCUCCAUGCCUGAAGAUGCUGCCUCUGCUGAUCUGAAGAUACAAAUCGGCUGUCAUACCGAUGACCUGACCAGGGCCAGCAAGCUUUUCCGAGGUCCCCUAGUGAUUAAUCGAUGUUGCUUGGACAAAUCUAAGAAAUCAAUCACCUGCCUCUGGGGUGGUCUCCUCUACAUCAUCGUACCUCAGAAUAGCAAACUGGGUUCUGUGCCCAUCACCGUGAAGGGGGCGGUCCGUGCUCCAUACUACAAGCUAGGAGAGACAUCGCAGGGAGAAUGGAAGAGGCGUCUCCUGGAACACCCCGGCCCAUGGGGAGAACUGGCCACUGACAACCUCAUCCUGACGGUGCCAACUGCAAAUCUGCGAACACUGGAGAACCCUGAGCCGCUGCUCCGCCUCUGGGAUGAGGUGAUGCAGGCCGUGGCCAGGCUGGGAGGCGAGCCGUUCCCUUUGCGUUUGCCGCAGAGGAUAGUGGCUGACGUGCAGAUCUCAGUCGGCUGGAUGCAUGCAGGGUACCCCAUCAUGUGCCACCUGGAGUCAGUGCAGGAGCUCAUCAACGAGAGGCUCAUCAGGGCCAAGGGGCUGUGGGGCCCAGUGCAUGAGCUGGGCCGCAACCAGCAGAAGCAGGAGUGGGAGUUCCCACCACACACCACGGAAGCCACCUGCAACCUGUGGUGUGUUUAUGUGCAUGAAACAGUCCUGGGCAUACCUCGAAGCCGUGCCAAUAUUGCCCUGUGGCCCCCUGUUCGGGAGAAGAGAGUCCGAAUCUACCUGAGCAAGGGACCCCAUGUGAAAAACUGGAAUGCCUGGACUGCAUUGGAAACAUACUUACAGCUCCAAGAGGCCUUUGGUUGGGAGCCAUUUAUUCGUCUCUUCACUGAGUACAGAAACCAGACCAACGUGCCCACAGACAAUGUCGACAAAAUGAAUCUGUGGGUCAAGUUGUUUUCUCAGCAAGUGCAGAAGAAUCUGGCUCCAUUCUUUGAGGCCUGGGCCUGGCCCGUCCAGAAGGAAGUAGCCACCAGCCUAGCCUCUCUGCCUGAAUGGAAGGAAAAUAUAAUGAAAUUGUACCUCCUCACCCAGAUGUAAGAAGUGCCCAUCGAGGUGUCAGGUAGAGAGGUUUGGGGAGGCCCCACUGAAACCGAAGCCAAGGAAUACAAAAGAAAACUGAGACCUCUCAGCAGCGGCAACUAAAAGCAUUUGCUUGGAGAAGAUCUCAACAAAUGUCUGGAAGAGGGAAAGUAAAUGGAGCUUAAUAAUGAAUGAGACACAUGAAAGUACACUUCAGACAGAAUACACUCAUCUGAAUAUUGUAACCCCAAAGAGACUGGAGCACUAGAAAAGUCUAGCUACUAAAUAUUGUACCAGUUGUAAAUUGAUCCCUAUCCUACUCG